AUGAACCAUCCCCUGGACCUUAAAUGGGAAUUUCGUGAGCUGGAGCUCCAGCGGGACCCCAAGAAUAUGGGUGAAUAUGGAUGCAGGUACCAUGGCAUCAUACCUCAUUUCCUUCAGUUCCAACACCUCAUAACCUCUGAUGCUGCCAAAAGGAUCUACAGAUGCACCAGCUUCUCUAUGCUUCGUGAACGCAUCCAUUACACAAGGCGAGAACUGGACGCUGUCUCAAGAGAGCUGAUUAAGGUGCAUCUUCUCUUAGCCCGUGUCCUGUCCGCAGAUGAUUGGGACCUAAUCGACCGCAUCACAACCCAGAAAGCUGCUAAUAUCGGUGACCAAGCUAGAGCCAGACAGUGCAAGAAGUUCACCAACUUGCAGAAGACACAACAUCCAACCCAACUUCAUGAGAACAGGAAGACUGUGGUCAAUCUAAGUGAUGUACCCUUGGAAGAAGCGGCUUACUCUGCUCUGAGCAAGGGCCUGAACUUUGCUGUAGCCCCUAGUUCUAUCCCAGAUAAGGACAUCCUGUGCGGUGUUGAAAAGGCUGUAAUGGCCCUACCGGAAGAGACUGCAGAGGAGAUUCGACAGGAGACAGUCAGGAUGCUCAAGGGCUCAUACAAACCCAAGGACAACCUCACUGGUGCCGAGAGAAGAGCUCUCCGAGCCUUAAAAUCCAACGAGACGCUCACGGUACUUCCGGCCGACAAAGGUAAUGCUGCCGUGGUUUUGGCCACUUCUGACUACAACCAGAAGAUUGCUGCUCUCCUAGAGGACAAGACCUACAGGAUGCUGAAAAAGGAUCCCACUGACUCCAUAGAGCGCAAGACGUUGCUUCUCCUAAAGAAGUCCCCGUUCCCUGAAGAGAUCUGCCAACAACUACGACCACAAUGUUCCAGAACACCAAGACUCUAUGUGUUGCCCAAAAUACACGAACCUGACAUACCAUUAAGACCAAUUAUCAGCACCAUUGGCUUCCCCACCUAUCGCUUGGCCAAACAUUUGGCUGGCCUACUUAACUCCUACACCUGUGACUCCCCACACCACGUGAGAAACUGCCGAAUUUGUCCACACCAUAAAAUCCCUCCGAUUAAACCCUUAUGA